UGCAUCUUAAAUCUAAUCACACUGUACUCCUAUACAAAUGUGUUACGGUUAACGAUCAUGAUCCAUAAUGGAGUACUUGUCAAAUAGUAUAAUUUUUAUAUUAAUCUGGAUUUUCAUAAUUUCACCGGCUACUGCACAUUAUUGUGUGUGGGGAUUGUGUGAAUCAUGGGAGUAUUGUUGCGAUGAUAAUAUAUGCUGCAGCUACAAUAACUACAAUACAUGGAUCACCAUAGCGAUCAUAGCUGGAACUGUAAUUGCAAUGAUACUAAUCGGCACAUGUCUUUACUACAAUUUGCGUCGUAUCUAUCAUUACCUACGACAGAGAUACUAUGGAAUUAAUUCCGUAUCAAUGCCAUCAGAAUUUGAAUCUGAAGAAAGAUCAAUAAAGAAAGCACCCUUUAUGACAUCACUGUUUAACUGAUGUUGGUAACAUUGGAUACUAUGCGAAAUAUCUAUUCGAAGGUUUAAUUUGAAAGAUCGUAACGACUUUUCAUGUGCACGG